CCAAAAUGGUAACCUUCGUAGUGAUCGGAGGGUUCCAAAAAGUUGCAAUAACUUAAAAAAAUUAUCCGAAGAAGACGAUAGACAGCAAAAAGCGUUGGGCGAGAAGAAGAUGACGUGCUUCUCUUCUGCUACUCCUCAUCGCCAUCAUCUUCUACUUUCUUCUCCAUCUACUUCCAAAUCCCUGCUUCGAUUUCCCUCAUCUUAUCUGAAACCUAGCCCCAGUCUUCUCUUCCAUGGCUCAUCUCGCUCUCUCCUCUCCUGUUCAGACGGCAGCAACAACCGUCCUCCUCCCUCCGGUGACACCGUCCCAAAGCAAGUUCCUCUGAUUUCUUCCUUUAUUGAUGAAUUCUAGGUUUCAUCUUCAAAUUUCACCUGGGUUUGGCCAAAUCGAUAUCUAUUGUUUGAGAGCUCGAUUAGUGAUUAAGUGGGAGCCUUGUAGCUAUGUAUAUGAUCUAUAGCGUGUAUAACGAUUAUCAUUUUGAUUCUAACUGGUAAUAGAUUAUUUGUUUGGUGGAUAUUGUUUCAGUAACUUCUGUAUCAUUGAGGGAUCAGAGACAGUUCAAGACUUUGUGCAGAUGCAGCUUCAGGAAAUCCAAGAUAACAUAAGGAGUAGACGCAAUAAGAUAUUUCUCCUCAUGGAGGAAGUGAGGAGGUUACGUGUGCAGCAACGUAUCAAGAGUGUUAAAGCCAUCAAUGAGGACAGUGAGCUCGAGGCUACCGAGAUGCCUGAGAUCACAUCUUCUAUUCCUUUCCUCCCUAAUGUGACACCAAAGACUUUGAAACAACUCUAUUCGACCAGCGUUGCAUUGAUAUCGGGAAUUAUCUUCUUUGGUGGUCUCAUUGCACCUAAUCUGGAACUGAAGGUAGGACUUGGAGGAACCUCUUAUGAAGAUUUUAUAAGGAGCUUACAUCUACCCUUGCAAUUAAGCCAGGUAGAUCCAAUUGUGGCAUCUUUUUCUGGCGGGGCCGUGGGAGUCAUUUCAACCUUGAUGCUAAUCGAAGUUAACAAUGUUAAACAACAAGAGAAGAAGAGGUGCAAAUACUGCCUUGGGACUGGAUACUUGCCAUGCGCUCGAUGCUCAGCUAGUGGUGUGUGUUUGAGCAUUGAUCCCAUCACAAGACCUAGAGCUACAAACCAGCUUAUGCAGGUCGCGACCACAAAAAGAUGUCUAAAUUGUUCCGGCGCAGGAAAGGUGAUGUGUCCGACAUGUCUUUGCACCGGGAUGGUAACAGCUAGCGAGCAUGACCCCCGCUUUGACCCUUUCGAUUAGAAAACAAUGGCCUCCUUUGAAAUUGGUCCUUGCAAAAGCUAAGCCAAGCCUAUGAGAACUGAGGAGAGCCAAACCUCGUCAUAUAAAUGUUUUACAUAAUAAAAGUAAUUACAUAAUAAAAGUAACAUUAGAAUUUUUAACUUUUGUCUAUAGUAAACAUGGGAAAGUAUCGGUUAUGUAAAGUACUUCUUCACAAACUAAAAAAAUUCACCAGAUGAUCUCCGGUGAAGAUAAUAGGAUAUAUAGUAGCCAUCAACUCCGUCAUCAUAAGCUGUCUUGUUGUAUUUACACUUCGAUUAUUAAUUCACAAACUUUCUUGCCA